CGGUUUUCCGUUGGUGACCGUCGACGCGGCCGCUGAAAUUAGCAUCAACGCUGCGCCGUUAACGUUGUACAGGUACCAGUGACGGUUCUCUUUAGAUUUGUCCACGUUUACAACUCUACAUCCAACAGGUUGUACUAGUGUGUAGCCUGAUAGCUCAUCAUGAAGUCUACUAGUAGUAACUACAAGAUGCCUUCCUGGCUGGGACGUAUGUCCAUUGAGAAGCAGGAGACACUACUCAAGCUAUGUAUCCUGGCAUUCUGCAUGAUCCUGUCGUUCUCCACUCGUCUCUUCUCUGUGUUACGUUUUGAGAGUGUUAUCCACGAGUUUGAUCCUUACUUCAACUACCGGACAACCAGGUAUUUGGCCGAGGAAGGCUUCUAUCGCUUCCAUAACUGGUUUGAUGAUCGCGCCUGGUACCCUCUGGGUCGUAUCAUUGGAGGAACUAUCUACCCAGGUCUGAUGAUAACCUCAGCCAUCAUCUAUCAUGUGAUGAACUUCCUUCAUCUUUCCAUCGACGUCAGGAAUGUCUGUGUCUUCUUGGCCCCUCUCUUCUCCUCCUUGACGACGCUGGUCACCUAUCAUCUGGCUAAGCAGCUUAAGGACACCGGAGCAGGUCUAGUAGCCGCCGCUAUGAUCUCUAUCGUACCUGGUUACAUCUCCCGAUCUGUAGCUGGUUCCUAUGACAACGAGGGGAUCGCUAUCUUCUGCAUGUUGCUGACCUAUACGCUGUGGAUCAAGUCAGUCAAGACUGGUUCCAUGUUCUGGGCCGCGCUCUGUGCUCUGGCUUACUUCUACAUGGUAUCAUCAUGGGGUGGUUAUGUCUUCUUGAUCAACCUGAUCCCAAUGCAUGUCCUAGCAUUGAUGGUAACCGGUCGAUUCAGUCAUCGCAUCUAUGUGGUCUAUAACACCGUCUACUGCCUAGGCACAAUCCUAUCCAUGCAGAUCUCAUUUGUUGGAUUCCAACCAGUCCAGUCUAGUGAGCACAUGGCUGCUUUGGGUGUGUUUGGACUGUGUCAGAUCUACACCUUUGUAGAGUACGUCCGAUCUCGUCUCAGCCAGCAUUACUUUGAUGUCUUGUUCCGUAGCGUGGUCCUCAUUGUAGGUGUGACUGUCGGAGCAGUAGGAGCUGUGCUCAUGGCAACUGGAAAGAUCUCACCAUGGACCGGUCGUUUCUACUCUCUGUUGGAUCCUUCCUACGCUAAGAACAACAUCCCUAUCAUUGCAUCAGUCUCUGAGCACCAGCCCACUACGUGGAGCUCAUUCUACUUUGAUCUCCAGAUGCAUGUAUUCAUGUUCCCGGUUGGCAUGUAUUAUUGCUUCUCCAAGCUGACUGAUGCUAACAUCUUCAUCAUCCUGUAUGGAAUCACCAGCCUCUACUUCUCGGGUGUGAUGGUGCGUUUGAUGCUGGUCUUAGCUCCAGUCAUGUGCAUCUUAUCCGGUAUUGGUGUCUCCUCUGUCUUGACUACUUACGUCCGUAACUUGGACAUCAACAAACCAGAGAAGAAAUCCAAGAAGGCCGAGUCAUCCUCCAACUAUCCCAUCAAGAACGAGGUUGCCUCUGCGGUAGUCGUCCUCAUGACCUUGUUCUUGAUCACCUACACCUUCCAUUGUACCUGGGUCACAUCAGAAGCCUACUCCUCUCCUUCUAUUGUCCUGUCUGCUCGCGCUGGAGACGGUAGCAGGAUCAUCUUUGAUGAUUUCCGUGAGGCAUACUACUGGCUGCGACACAAUACUGAAGAGGAUGCCAAAGUGAUGUCAUGGUGGGAUUACGGCUAUCAGAUAACGGCUAUGGCUAACAGGACCAUCCUAGUGGAUAACAAUACCUGGAAUAACACUCACAUAUCACGUGUGGGACAGGCCAUGGCAUCUACAGAGGAUAAAGCCUAUGAGAUCAUGAGAGAACUGGACGUGAACUACGUGUUGGUUAUAUUUGGAGGGCUGACAGGCUACUCCUCUGACGAUAUUAACAAGUUCUUGUGGAUGGUGAGGAUUGGAGGUAGUACAGAUACCGGGAGACACAUCAAGGAGACUGACUAUUACACACCGCAGGGAGAGUUCCGUGUGGAUAGGGAAGGCUCACCAGUGCUACUCAACUGUCUCAUGUACAAAAUGUGCUACUAUCGAUUUGGCAAAGUCUACACAGAAUCAGGUAAGCCAACCGGCUAUGACCGUGUGCGCAACGCUGAGAUUGGCAACAAAGACUUUGAGUUGGACGCACUAGAGGAAGCCUAUACCACGGAGCACUGGCUGGUCCGAAUCUAUAAGGUCAAAGCACUACAGAACCGUGGUGCUUAGAGUAGUGCAAAUGUUGCAGUAGCUUCAGAAAGUAGAUCAAAUUGAAAAUCUGUUGCUUGCUACUUAAAGGUCUUUGGUUCAUUGUUUUUUUUUGGGGGGGGGGGAAGGAAGAUGAGUGGCUACCAAAAUGUUGUCAACUUUUAGGUACCAAACACAACUAUAUGUGCUUCAGGAAUUGUUACUGAUAGAUUUGAUAUAUGUACUUUGCUGGUGGACUUACAUGUGGCUACGAUACUCCAAAGGAUAAGCAGUGAAACGUUGCUAUAACGAACAUUGCAGGAUCCACAGAUAUUGAUUGUCAUAGCGAUCGUUCAGUAUAACGAUUUUAAGCUGCUGGUGCUCCGGUACUCACUUUCAACAAAUAGCACCCUUAAGAACUUCAUCCUACAUGCGUGGUAGUUACUGAAAGACGACUGAAUUAUGUUAUUACACAGUUUUUGAGCUUACUAUCUUCAGCAAAUGGUGGCUUUCCCCUUCUAUUCCUUUAGGAAAUAAUAGCCACUUGUUACUUCUAUGUUGACAAUUUUCAACCGCAAUGUUCGGUACAUUUUGCACACAAAAAUCGGGAUCCAAGGACGAUGUUCGGUAUAGCCGAAUGUUCGGUAUAGCGACGUUCCACUGUAUGUAUGGUUAAGUCCAAAUCUCCUGUCGAGCUACUGUCUAGGUCUUACUGAAGUGUUUGACAGUAGACAUAGCCUUUGGAGGCCUAUUUCAAACUGUGUGUAAACUUGGUCUAUAAUUGAAUGGUAUAGAACUGUGUACAGUACGAUAGCCAUGGAGUGUCAUGCUCCUAGACCAUUCCUGCACAGUGUGGUCUGUUGAAAGACACCAUUCAAAAGUAAACUUGUUAAAUGACAAACUGCAGCAAACUUACCUAUUCAAAACAAAAUGAUUUGGAGAACAACAUUGAUGUAAAAUGUUUUCAGAAACAUUUCAUGUGUUGAGAACUUGCAAAAGCAUGUCAGUAAAAGGAUGUUCCUGUCAGAAAUUAUACUGCUGGCUGUAUAUUUCAUUGUUUAUUACAACAUUUUUCAUCAGUGAGACUUUAAAAUAACCAUCAUUAAAAAAUAUUCUUAUUAAAUUGCUUGAUUUUGGGAGUCAAACUUUACAAUGUGCAUUUGUGUGUAAUAUAGGUUUGAUAUAAACAUGAUGCAACAGUAGCAUAACCUCUGACAUGGCUGCAGCAAAUAUGUUUACUGUGCAUUUGUGAGGCCCAAAGCCCUUUAGAUAUUGAUUACAGCAGUUUGUCCUAUUUUAAAAGUUGAAGUAAUCUUUAUAUCAUAAAAAGGCUUUUAUGCAAACACAUACACAAUUCUUGCGUGUCCAACUAGACCAGUGUGCAUAAGGGCAUCUUUGUGUCUGCUGGUAGUUGUAAAGGG